GAGACGCCGGAUUCAGGAUCACGUGGGUUAGAGUCCCGGAAGCGCAGUUUUAUUGACAACACCAGGGAGUUACAUGACGUUUAUGUAGUGCGGCCGGUGCCUCUGACUUCUCUGCCGGUCAUACGUGCUGCCCUCCUCCCGUUAGUGAGUGUCGCCUGCUCGCCUAAACAUAUGAGUGUUUCACUGGUUGUCGUUCGGCUGGAGCUUGCAGACCACUCUCCUGUACCGGUGGGCUUCCAUUACCGUGCUGUGAGAGCAGGAGAUUUGAUCAAGUGCAGUCAGAGUAAGCCAGGGUCAGAUAGGAUACCAUUUUAUAUAUGGACGUUUCAGUCACCUCGACCGUUGUCAACAGCCACCGAGAUGUCUGAUGAGGAAAUUAGAGAGAAGACGUUACGUACUGCUGCAACCUGUUUGGAAGGCAAGACGCCAGUGGAAAAGACAACGGUCCUGCAUCAGCACAUUGGGAGAAGAGAAAUGACAGACAUGAUAAUAGAAACCAUAGGUCCAAAUCCAGAUGCCCAGAUGGUCACUAGCACAGAACAAACAGAUGACCCUUCUGCAUCUCCUAGUCAGACUGCUCCAGACUCUCCUUCAAAACAACUACCUGAGCAGAUCACUUUCUUCAGUGGGAAUCCUUCUGUGGAGAUAGUUCAUGGCAUUAUGCAUUUAUACAAGACAAAUAAGAUGACUUCAUUGAAAGAAGACGUCAGACGUAGUGCCAUGAUUUGCAUUCUUACAGUUCCUGCUACAAUGACUAGCCAUGAUCUGAUGAAGUUUGUGGCUCCAUUUAAUGAAGUUAUUGAACAUAUGAAAAUAAUCCGAGACUCCACACCAAACCAGUACAUGGCUCUCAUAAAAUUCAGCUGCCAGGCAGAUGCAGACAGCUUUUACAUGUCCAAUAACGGACGACAAUUUAACUCUAUUGAAGAGGAUGUGUGUCAGCUGGUCUAUGUGGAAAGGGCAGAGGUGUUUAAAUCUGAAGAUGGUGCCAGUUUGCCAGUGAUGGAUCUCACGGAGCUCCCUAAAUGUACGGUUUGCCUGGAGAGGAUGGAUGAGUCUGUUAAUGGGAUUCUAACUACUGUAUGUAAUCACAGCUUCCACAGCCAGUGUCUGCAGCGCUGGGAGGACACCACAUGUCCAGUGUGUAGGUACUGCCAAACUCCAGAACCGGUGGAAGAAAACAAAUGCUUUGAGUGUGGUGUGCAGGAAAACCUCUGGAUAUGUUUAAUUUGUGGCCACAUUGGCUGUGGCAGAUAUGUAAGCAGACAUGCGUAUAAACAUUUUGAGGAGACCCAACAUACAUAUGCAAUGCAGCUGACCAAUCAUAGAGUCUGGGAUUAUGCUGGAGAUAAUUACGUUCAUCGAUUAGUUGCAAGCAAAACGGAUGGGAAAAUAGUUCAGUAUGAGUGUGAAGGAGACACGUGCCAGGAUGAAAAGAUAGAUUCUUUACAGUUAGAGUACUCCUACCUUCUUACCAGCCAGUUGGAGUCUCAACGCAUCUACUGGGAAAACAAGAUUGUACGUUUGGAGAAAGAUACUGCAGAUGAGAUUAAUAACAUGAAAGCCAAGUUCAAGGAAACAAUAGACAAAUGUGACAACCUGGAGCACAGAUUGAAUGACAUCCUGAAGGAGAAACAAGCUGUGGAAAGAAGGUGUACUCAGCUAAGUGUAAAGGUGUCAAAACUAUCUACAGAACUGAAGGAAGAGCAAGAAAUGAAUAAGUGCCUAAGAGCCAAUCAGGCAAUGCUUCAAUCCAAACUAAAAGAAGAGGAAACUCUGAGAAAGGAAGCCUGUGAACAGAAGGACGUGCAAAUUGUAGAAAUGCAGGAGCAACUACGUGAUGUCAUGUUCUACCUAGAAGCGCAACGAAAAAUCAACCAAAUGCCAGAAGAUGCACGACAGGAAAUUCAAGAUGGUCAGAUCAACAUAGCAAUGGCAUCCUCUAGUACUUCUCCAGCAUCGGGAAAGUCAAGGAAGGGUCGUGGAAAAAGAGGCAAAUAGCACAUACAGGAGCUCUAUUAAUCUAGAAAUCUACCUUAUGGGCCUAUGUUUGUUCUCCCUUUAGAGUGGGAUAAAUUGAACUGCUGCAGGGAAGUGUGGCCGGCAUUAUUGCUGGGAUGUGAAAAGUCCAGAUUCAUUAUUCAUAGCACACUCUAAGCAUAGUUUCUUGUACCAAAUAAUCAGAGAUGGAAACUUUCUCUGACAAGCCUUUAAGCUCUAUAGCCUACUGCAUCGUUAAGUGAAGCUCUCAUUAGGAGACAGUGCAUAGAUAGCAAUUCCUUAGCAGAUUUAUUACUCAAAUUACAGUUACAUGAGCAAUUAUUCCAAUUAUACUCUUCAGGGUUGCAUGGAGUGUUUCUGAUCCCCUAAACUUGACCCACCAGUAGAAUAUAAGCGUCUGGUUACCUCUCUUGUCGUAACGUGACAGAAAGCAUUAUAUCAGGGAUCUGCUCUUAAGGAAAAUGACAUAUUCUGUAAAGUGGCUUCAAAAAGGAACUUUACUUUGGAUCCAAAAAAAUGAAAUGCUAGAUUUCCCUUGAACAAUUAUGACUGACUUAUUUUAAAGUUGUGUUACCCAAACUUUGCUUUAGUUUUAGUCUCCAUUUUGAGAGAUAAUUCUUACACUGUAAAAGUGUUGCCUUUGUGUUUGGAUACACAGAAAUGGAAUUUGGAUAAGCUGUAAACUAUUAAUGUAACUUCAGAUGUAGUUGUGACAUGUUGUCGACUGUUCUGCAUUUUGGAAUUCAGUGGCUGCUGACAACAGUCCUUUUCAGUUAUAGUUUUUAUAGGUCUUAUUGUUAAGAUGCGUCAACAUUUUUGCAGUGGUUAAAAUAGGAUAUUUUCGGGUAUGUUUACUUGGCACUGAAAUGUUGCAGAUUUGUUUCAGGUUUAUUUGGUGUAUUUGCUGCAGAUGUAUUGCAGUUUUUGACCUAUUGGAGUUAAUUGGGAAAAUCCACAACAAAUGUCCAACAAUUCAGUCGUGUGUGAAUAUACCAUUUGGUUGGAUUUCAGGUGCCCUACCUGCAUAAAGGCUGUGUUCCUGCUGGCCAUAAGACAUGGGCUAUUUCUCAUGCAGCUUCCUUGGCACCAUUUCACUGUAUAUUUUGACUAAGUAUGGCAGUUCUUACUAACAGAAGGGGUGUUUGUGUCAAAGUGUAUAAUAUGGUUGGAUGCCUGAACUCCAGGAAAAUGGCUUUUGCCCUCCAUUUUACUUUAACGUGAGAGACCUGCAAAUUUACUUUUUUUACCAAGAAAAAUUCUUAUCUAUAAUGCCGACAAUCUAUUUAUAAUUGGAGCAAAAUCUUUCAUUCCGAACAUCGUGUAUGCCACCUAAAAUAUAUUGGAUAUUGGUACUUUAACUUGCCUGCUGCCUUUUUAUAUCAUAUUACUCUGAAAGGGUUCUUGAUAGCUCCUAUGUUAAUAAAGUUGUCUUCAAGAUAACUACAUUUUUACAAACUUGCCAUUCUAGUCGUGCAUCGUUGCAUAUGAAAAGUUGGUCAGAUCUAUUUGUUUGUAAAAUAAACUAUUUCUGUUUGCACCACUUUUUUGCUUACUGAACGGAGGCCAGCUAUGUAAACAAAGGCUGUAUUUAUUCUGUUUACCAUGGCUACAUGUUCCCCAAGACAUCGUCAAAGCAACCAGAAUGAAACGAUAAAUGGGACAGAUGAAAAAAAAAAACCUGCAGAAUAGCAAGAAUCCAUGGCAUCCCCAAAUAUUUUCAUUUUCAAAGCCAUGAUUUUAGAAUUUCUGAUUUCCCCUUUUAAUAGGUGGGAUAAAAUGGCUUAUUGUGUAUGUCUAGAAGCUGGUUUCCCAGAAUGUACACUUUGUCAACAUUCAAAAUGUUCUCUUAGUAUUGUUUGCUCAGACAGUAUAAUUCUGUUGUAUUCACCCUUGUUUCGUGUUGAUUUAUGUACAUAAAGUGCUUAAAUUAGUGGUCUUGUUAAAAAACAACGUAUCCUCUAUCCACAGGAUAGAGGAUGUGUCUGAUCACAGGAGGUCUGACCACUGGGACUCCCUGUGGGUCUAGGCUCUCACAUCUUGUGCUGCAGACUGUAUGCAAUCCAUUAAUUUCUAUGGGACUCAGGUUUCAUUGGUGCUCCCAUAGAGAGCAAAUGGAUCACGUACCGUCUGCAGCAUCCACUUCUCUGAGAGCCAGGUCCCAUUGAGGAAAUUAUGGGGGGUCCCAACGGUUGGACCCCUCAUGAGCAGACACUUAACCAAAUUCUUCCAUAUCCUCAGGAUAGGUGAUGUCACUGGACCACCCCUUUUAAUAUUACAAAUCAUUAAACCUGUGGUAGCACAAGAUGAUACUCUUACAACCUGAGUAAGGGUGGUUUCACACCACGUUUUGUACUUACGGUUCCCGUAUAU